UUUGGGCUUUCUUAAAACACCUUGGUCCGCAAAUGCAAAGCUCAGUCUCAUUCCUCUCUGCGGCGAAGCCCCUCAAGCUUUCCUCUCCGCUUCCCAUCAACUCCUCCCUGGUCACCGCCCCAACCACCGACCCCAAUUCAAUGGCAGCUUCCGGUCCCAAGUGGGCCCAGAAGACCAUCACCCUUCCACCCCAGAGAAGAGGCUGCCAUCUCAUCACCCCUAAGAUAAUGAAGGAAAUCGGUCAGGACUUGUCUGGAUUCAACUGUGGACUUGCUCAUCUCUUCUUGCAACACACAAGUGCUUCUCUUACUAUCAAUGAGAACUAUGACUCUGAUGUUCGUACUGAUACGGAGACAUUCCUCAAUAAGAUAGUUCCCGAGGGGCAUUCUGCACCGUGGAGACAUACUCUUGAAGGCCCAGAUGACAUGCCAGCACACAUCAAAUCAUCAAUGUUUGGCUGCCAACUCUCGAUUCCAAUCACAAAUGGGAAGCUGAACAUGGGAACCUGGCAGGGAAUAUGGUUAUGCGAGCACCGUGAUGAACCCACUGCUCGGAAAGUUGUGGUCACCCUUAAUGGAAUAUGAGAUCCUGCAAUUUGGAAGUUCAUGGUUUCAUUCAUCCAGUUUGCCAAUGAAGUUGUACUUAAGCAUCUUCUCUGUUAAUCAGAUGUUAACGUCCUAUUACUGAAUAUCUGGUAUUACUAAUACCUGGGUACAUAUUGAAAACUCUUUGUGACGCAGACUUCAGAAAUGUAAGCACCAUAGAAUGCGA